AUGCACGACGAAUUCAUCAAUAUACGCAUGUUCACAAAGAAUUUGCAGUGCAUCCGGGAAGAGAAUCGUUUUCUAGAUUUUUCGCAGGAGUUUGACAAGCUACAAUAUGAUGUUGCGUUCUCUUCGGAAACUUGGCGCAAAGACCGACUGGAAGUCACAUCCAUCCCAGCGGGGGGGCAACUUUACUUGAGUGGAGGUUCGAUGCACAGAGGGGUUGGCAUCAGCAUAUCGUCGAGAUUUACGCCGCGUAUUUUGGGAGUUCGUUUUCAGCCAUACUCUCCAAGAUUAUGUUCCUUAAAUUUUCAGUUGGCCGGCAAAUUGUUCCGGGUCGUUGCUUGUUACUUUCCGACUGCUUGGGAUAACGAUGACGUUGUGCAGGAAUUAUACGACGACCGCAACACGGACGCACGAAAGCAGGUUCAAGUUGCCAACGGCACCAUCGAUCACCCUGACUGGACACGACGGGUGGCUUCA